CACAGCCAGCUUCAUCAGCCAACAAACAAGAAUCAAGAUAUGACGCAUCCGCGGGGAAUCCCCCACCUCCCCCCACAACUACACCAAGUCAGUGGUCGAUCCGCUCAGCCCUUCUUUUCCACAGCCUACUUUUCCUCUUCCCAGUUCCCACUACUGACUGAAACCACGGUAACAUCAACUCGUCGCCGCAAACCACCUAUGCGCUCUACAUGGGCGCAUCCCCGUCUCAGAUCCUCUGCUUCCAGGCUUCGUGGAUUGGCGCAGGCGUGGAGGAUGAAAAUGACAGCGCCGACGGAGGGAAUUAUCUGGGCAUUCUGACGCUGGGGUGGUGCUAUAACCUCUCCGCUUGUCUCGUGGAGUUGCAGGGCGAUGGUGCUAGCUUGCGGUAUACCGAGUCCAAGGCUAUGGGGGUGUUGCGAAUGGGGUUAGCGAAGAUACCGCAACGACUGUUGUUGAUAUUGGCGCGGUCGAUGAGAAGAUUUCCCGGUGGUGGUCGGCGCUCCUUGCUCCGGGUGCAGGCUGGAAAGCCGUCGUCGAGGUUUCUGCCGAUGGCGAGUUUCUGGCGCCCUGGUCUGUGGCGUACGUGGGUGCUGCAGGAGGCAUUCGAGUCGCUCGCCCAGUUCGCCCUCUUGCACAACACGGGCAGCCAGUUCCUCGUUGCGCUCGCAACGGCGAUCACCGUCCCCACGCAUUCAGGCGCCCGUUGUUCAGCUGCUGCUGCUGCGCCCGCCACAAAAUCAAUCCCGCAAGACUGGGCGGCCGAUGUGCCGUGCACCCUCGUGAGUCCGUGGCUGCAUCCCAUCCUGAACGAGCAUCUCUGCGCUCUGGCUGGGCGCGGCGGCGGGUGGGCUCGUCCCGAUGAUCAUCCGGCGGGUCCGACGGGGCAGGCCGCCUCUCGACCCGGUCGCGUUCCCGUGGACGGGCUGUGCACAGAGCUUAUGGAGCGUCCAAUCCGAGGAUCGUAUGUGGAUGCACAACCAAUGGAUUGGAUCUGGCGAGCGGAUGUGUGGUGGCUGCUUCAUUGGCCGGUUGUUGAGGAGGAUGGGGUGUCGUAUGCUCGCCCGCCCCGGACGCCCUGGGAGCCCUGGGAGCCCUGGGGGAUUAUGGGCAUGAGGGAUUGUGCGUUGCGGGUGCUGGCGCAUUUGGGUUGUGCGUGGCAUGAGUUCCGGUACUGUUGUUGGAGCUGGGAAUUGGAGGGCGGUGAGGUUGUUCAUGACCUGGGGGUUUCCCCAAUAACGCAAAUUGAUCCUGCGACGCCGGACAUAGACCCUUUCUGUGUCGGAGAGUUAGGACUCUUCCCUUACAAGCCACUUGACCAGGAAGCUUCGCAGGAGGUAUCAUUGGAGGUCUUUCGGUGGUCUGUGGUUAAUGGCGAGGGGGUUCCUGCGGAGAAUUUGUACCGGGAUGAGUGGCUGGCGGGGCUGGAUAUGAUGUGGAUAGGCAUCGUGCGCGCCGUAGAGGACUGGUAG